AUGCCGAAACCACGCAGCAAGCGACAAGCGAUUCGCGACGAACGCAAACAGAAGCGGCGCGAAAAGAACUUCACCGACCGUGAUGCGAAGCGCCAACGCCUCGAUGAAGACGAAAACGAAGACGGCAUUGCGAGGGAGACCAACGAUGAAGCUACCACAUACGAGAAUUGGGAGGACCAGCACACGUCAGGGGGCCAUCCUCCGCCUGAACGAGAAUUCUUUGGCAUGUUGUCUGAGGAGGACCAAGAAUGGUUUCGAUCCGCCGACCAAGACCUCGACGCAGACGAGUUCGAUACACAGGAAGACCGAGACAAAUACCUGGCUGGCGUAUUCACUGCAGCCCAGGGAAAGGAGUUGAAGAUCGCCUGUAGUCAGUCAUGUUCACGGCUGAUGGAGCGCCUGAUCAUCAUGUCAAACACACGGCAGAAGAAGCAGCUGUUCGAGCAGUUUGCGACGCAUUUUCUUAACCUUAUGCAACAUCGUUUCGCAAGCCAUUGCUGUGAAACUCUUCUACUUCACUCAGCCCCGAUAGUCACAAGGGAGCUCGGAGGCGACAGAGACGACCUUGGUGAAGCCGAUGAGCAACAGCUACCGACCAUGGAGGAACUGUUCCUCUUAACCCUGGACGAGCUCGAGGGGCAAUUGGGAUACCUGAUGACCGAUCGAUUUGCCUCUCAUACUUUGAGGGUGUUGCUUAUCAUUCUCUCUGGCCGGCCCUUGGAGCAGUCUACCACAAAGUCGCUUAUUCACAGCAAGAAGAAGGAGCAAAUAGCAGUGCCUUGGACCUCGACGGGCAGCAGCGAAUUGAACGAUCAACUUCGACCCGUCCCAUCCUCUUUCACUUUGGCAGCAAAGAAGAUUAUCGCGGACUCAACAUCAGACAUGGAUGCUACAGCUCUGCGAAUCAUGGCAACCCACCCGACAGGAAACCCCGUCCUCCAACUUCUCCUUGACUUAGACAUAUCCCUCAAUGGCAAGGUGGAGGGCGAGGCGAGCGAGAUGACUUUGUUGUGGAAGCUUCUGCCAGGCGCCCCGGCAUCAUUGAAGGAAGCUACGUCGCCGGCAUCUGAUUUUAUCAGCGCCAUGCUGUACGACAAAGUCGGAUCCCGGUUGCUAGAGACUCUCAUCACCCAAUGCCCUGGCAAGCUGUUCAAGGCACUCUUCAAGUUCAAUCUUGGCGAUCGCAUCCAAAGUCUCGUUCGCAAUGACAUUGCAUCAUAUGCAGCGAUACGAGUUCUCACUCGUGUGGGCAAGGAAGAUCUCAUAAUGUGUGUAAGGAAGAUCUUGCCCGAGGUUGGAAAGCUUCUUUCGCUUUCGCGCUUCAACGUCAUAAAGACACUCUUUGAACGGUGCCAAGUACGCGAGGCUACCAGCGAAAUCGAUUCGCUUCUGAAAGCACUGGUUGCGGCGUGUGGCUCAGACUACAAGACGCUUGUUCCUAAACUGUGCAUCCCUCCGGCAGAGGAGAAAGACUCGAAGAAAUCGCAAGAUUAUUUGUCGAAAAACCAGGCUGCCAUUGUUGCCCACGGCUGUCAAUUAACAUCAACUCUACUCUCAAUCCGAGGCUUGCCAUCGACCGCAGUACAGACUUCGCUCCUGGCUCUCCCGUCCGCGGCUCUGCAGGACCUCGCAACAUCGUCCGCCGCGUCAUCACACGUUCUCGUUGCUGCGCUUGCAAGCCGGUCGCAGAACAAGACAUUUCACAAGGUGCUUGUUGUUUCGCUUAAGCAAAACAUGAUGGCCUUGGCACUGUCUGAUCACGGUAGCAAGGUGGUGAGCGCUAUCGUUUCUGUUCCAUCCAAGGGCGACGGUGUUUCCCUCCCCUUCCACUUGAAGGAACAAAUUUUAGGACAACUAGAACAACACGAACAGGAGUUGCGCGACUCGUAUCACGGGCGACGUGUAUGGAGGGCAUGGCAGGGUGAUUUAUGGAAGACAAAACGGACUGAUUGGAUUUCGUGGGCGAAAGAAGUGGACAUCCACUCAGAGGAAGUGGCAUUACCGCCGUGGAAGAAGAAGGCAAUGGGUACUCUCAAGAGUGCACGUCCGAAUAACAAUCCGAAUCCGAAUAUGGUUGAGGUCAACGAGGGAGCAAGGAAACGGAAGAGAGGUGACGAAGAGGACGAUGCAGCAGCUUAG